UUCACUACAAUUUCUUUUUUUCGUCUAUUGCUGCAAUUUUCUCUAAGCUUGUAACUCAGUUCGAAUCUGAAGAAACCAUGGAGCAAAGUUCUGUUGUUGCAAAGAUGCAAUCAAACGAAGAGUUCGUCAAAUUCUUAGGAAAAGGUGCUUAUGGUACUGUUGAUCUCAUCAAAUACACUAAAACUGAUGGAUCUUCGUUUCUGGCCGCUGUAAAAACAUCUUACGCUGAAAUACUCGAAGAUUACAACGCUCUCAACAGAGAGAUUCAGGUUUUGUCUGAACUCAAAGGAUAUCCCAACAUCGUUAUAUGCUAUGAAGACGAUUUGGAAGAAGGUUACAACGAUCACGGACAUAAAGUUUACAAGUUGCUUCUCGAGUACGCAAACGAAGGAAGUUUAAGUUCUUUCAUGGAAAAUUAUACCGACAAAAAGUUACCGGAUCUGAUGAUCAGAGACUUCACGCGUAUGAUUCUCGAAGGACUGGUCUCAAUUCAUAGUCACGGUUAUGUUCAUUGCGAUCUCAAAUCCGAUAACCUUCUUAUCUUCUCUCGGAAAGAUUCUUCUUCGUACGAGUUAAAGAUUUCUGAUUUUGGAAACUGUAGAGAAGUCGGAGAAGUUCCGGAUCACUGGGAAAUUGAUUUUCCGUUUGUGGGAACGCCUAUUUACAUGCCGCCUGAGUCUCUCAUCGACGGUGCUGUCAAAAAAACCCUAGAUUUGUGGUCGUUAGGGUGCUUAGUGUUGGAGAUGUAUACAGGCGAAAAGCCAUGGGCAGGGGUUGGAAUUGUCGAUCUCGUGAAUUUUCUCAGUGAUGGUGAAGCUCCAGAGAUUCCUGAGUGUGUGCCUUGUGAUGCAAGAGAGUUCAUUGAAACGUGUUUCGCAAGGGAACAUGAGAAGAGAGGAAACGCGUCUGAGUUGUUGUUUCAUCGGUUUUUGUGUCCUGAAGAGAAGACGGAGAAGAUUGUUGUAGUCGUCGCUAAAGAGAAAAAAACCUUGCUGGUGAAGUUGAAGUUGAGAAUCAAACGAGCUUCGAAGAUAACAAUGGAUAUUCGAGAGAAGCCCUUGAAAUUGAAGAUGUUUCCAUCUAAGCCUCCACAGCUUAAGAAACUUUUGAGUAAACUCUUGAGGUUGAAGAAGAUGAUUCAUCCAAAACAAUUGGAUUCUAGUUUAGUCUCUUUAAGUUUCGUUAAGAUUUUGGGUGUCUUCCACUUUUGCCGAGCGUCUCCGACAGCUUCAACGAUGGUGACUCGCUUAAGACUCGUUUCGAGAUCUUCUCGUUACGCCACCGUCAAGCUCACUGAGUCUGUCUCAGCAUCAUGCUCAUGUCGUCUCUUCUCUGCCUCCACCGACACCGAACCCGAAUCUCAACCCGAACAAUCCCCGCCUACGAAUCCCGUCACCGGAGACGAAGAGCGACACGAAAAGCUUCGGAAUCUCCGAGUUCUUCUUCAGCAGAAUCGAAUCGAAACGGCGCGUGGCGUUCUCUCUUCACUACUUCGAUCGGAUUCUACGCAUUUCACAUCGCCGAAAGAGCUCUUCUCCGCCUUCUCACUAUCAUCUCCGUCGUUGAAACAUGAAUUCUCCUAUUUGCUUCUCUCCGUGCUACUAAACGAAUCGAAGAUGAUUUCUGAAGCUGCCGAUUUGUUCUUCGCUUUGAGGAAUGAAGGUAUCUUCCCCAGCUCAGAUUCGUUAACGCUUUUGCUUGAUCAUCUUGUGAAGACGAAACAAUUCAGAGUGACUAUAAACGUGUUUUUGAAUAUUCUGGAAUCGGAUUUUCGUCCGAGUAAGUUCAUGUAUGGGAAAGCAAUUCAAGCUGCCGUGAAAUUGAGCGAUGUAGGUAAAGGUUUAGAGCUGUUUAAUCGGAUGAAGCACGAUAGAAUCUCUCCCAAUGUGUUUAUAUACAAUGUCCUUAUUGAUGGAUUGUGUAAACUGAGAAAGAUGAAAGAUGCAGAACAGUUGUUCGACGAAAUGCUUGCAAGAAGAUUGUUGCCUUCUUUGAUAACGUAUAACACGUUGAUUGAUGGAUAUUGCAAAGCUGGGAAUCCGGAAAAGAGUUUUAAAGUGAGAGAACGUAUGAAAGCGGAUAAUAUUGAACCGAGUCUUAUUACGUUUAAUACUUUGCUUAAGGGGCUGUUUAAGGCUGGAUUGGUGGAAGAUGCAGAGAAUGUUUUGAAGGAAAUGAAGGAUCUGGGGUUUGUACCAGAUGCUUUCACCUUCAGUAUUCUGUUUGAUGGUUAUUCGAGUAACGAGAAAGCUGAGGCUGCUUUGGGUGUUUAUGAGACUGCUGUUGAUUCUGGCGUGAAAAUGAAUGCUUAUACUUGUAGCAUUUUGUUGAAUGCGUUAUGCAAAGAGGGAAAGAUAGAGAAGGCGGAAGAGAUUUUGGGGAGAGAAAUGGGUAAGGGGCUUGUCCCGAACGAGGUUAUUUAUAACACGAUGAUUGAUGGAUACUGUCGGAAAGGUGAUCUGGUUGGAGCUCGUAUGAAAAUUGAAGCGAUGGAGGAACAAGGGAUGAAGCCAGAUCAUUUGGCGUACAAUUGUUUGAUUAGGGGAUUUUGUGAAUUGGGGGAAAUGGAAAAUGCUGAGCAAGAGGUUAACAAAAUGAAACUGAAGGGAGUUCCUCCUAGCGUGGAGACAUAUAACAUCCUGAUUGGGGGCUAUGGGAGAAAGUAUAAAUUUGAUAAGUGCUUCGACCUUCUUAAAGAAAUGGAAGACAACGGGACGAUGCCGAAUGUUGUUAGCUAUGGAACUCUGAUAAAUUGUUUGUGCAAAGGUUCUAAACUUCUUGAAGCUCAGAUUGUUAAGAAGGAUAUGGAAGACAGAGGGGUUUCACCGAAUGUAAGGAUAUAUAACAUGCUAAUCGAUGGUUGUUGCUCAAAGGGGAAGAUAGAAGACGCUUUCCGGUUCUCUGAGGAGAUGUUCAAAAAGGGAAUAGAAUUAAACCUGGUGACUUAUAACACCCUCAUUGAUGGGUUGUCCAUGAACGGGAAAUUAGCAGAAGCUGAAGACUUGCUUCUCGAAAUCUCAAGAAAGGGUCUCAAACCAGAUGUAUUCACGUAUAACUCACUAAUAUCUGGAUACGGAUUUGCUGGAAACGUGCAAAGAUGUAUCGCGCUGUUUGAAGAGAUGAAGGGAUCAGGAAUAAAACCCACUCUGAAGACAUAUCAUCUUUUGAUCAGUUUGUGCACCAAGGAGGGUAUAGAGCUCACGGAGAAAAUAUUUGGAGAGAUGUCGUUGAAACCAGACUUAUUAGUUUACAAUGGGGUUCUCCAUUGCUACGCCGUACAUGGAGAUAUGGAUAAGGCUUUUAAUUUGCAGAAGCAGAUGAUUGAAAAGAGUAUUGGUUUGGAUAAGACAACCUAUAACAGCUUGAUUCUGGGACAACUGAAGGUAGGAAAACUGUGUGAAGUUAGGAGUCUGCUUAACGAGAUGAAAGCCCGGGAAAUGGAACCUGAAGCUGAUACAUAUAACAUAAUAGUGAAAGGGCAUUGUGAGAUGAAGGAUUAUAUGGGAGCAUAUGUUUGGUACAGAGAGAUGCAAGAGAAAGGUUUGCUAUUAGAUGUUUGCAUAGGCGAUGAGCUAGUGAGUGGGCUUAAAGAAGAAUGGAGGUCAAAGGAGGCAGAGAUUGUCAUUUCUGAAAUGAAUGGUCGCAAGCUAGAGCAAGGUCUCAAAACCCUCGAGGAACAUCUCGCCGGAAAAACCUACAUCUCCGGCGAUCAGCUUUCAUUGGAUGAUGUGAAGGUUUACGCUGCCGUAUUGGAGAAGCCAGGCGAUGGCUUCCCCAAUGCUAGCAAGUGGUACGAUUCCGUUGCUUCUCACCUCGCUAAAAGUUUUCCCGGGAAAUCCGUCGGAGUGAGAGUUGGUGGUGGUGUUGCUCCUCCAUCUGAAGCUCCGCAGACUAAGGCACCUGGUGCUGCUGGAGCUGACGGUGAUGAUGAUGAUGAUAUUGAUCUUUUUGCUGAUGAGACUGAAGAUGAGAAAAAAGCUGCUGAGGAGAGAGAAGCUUCUAAGAAGGAUACUAAGAAGACUAAAGAGAGUGGAAAAUCUUCUGUGCUACUGGAAGUAAAGCCAUGGGAUGAUGAAACCGAUAUGAAGAAGUUGGAAGAAGCUGUUCGUAGUGUUCAGAUGCCGGGUCUUACAUGGGGAGCUUCGAAAUUGGUACCUGUUGGUUACGGGAUAAAGAAACUCACAAUCAUGAUGACAAUUGUUGACGACCUUGUGUCUGUGGACAACCUCAUUGAAGACCAUCUCACCUCAGAGCCUAACAACGAGUACAUCCAAAGUGUCGACAUUGUUGCUUUUAACAAGAUUUAGACACAUGAAAAAGAUGUUUAGUUUCAGUAUUGGUGUCAGUCUUGUUGUGUUUCUAAUAUAGUUUGAUAUGACGCUAAAGUCUCUUCUUCUAAGUUCCAAGACCAACUUUGGAGUUGAAGCACUUUCUUUAACUUCACUUGGUCUUAAAGCUCUUGUAAGUUCUUGUCUAAGACAAAUUGCAGUUAUAAUAAUAUAUGCCUGGGAUUGGU